UAGCAUUUUUAUGAGCAUUGAUAGACAAGGUACGAGUACAAUAUUUCACCACCAAGCAAAGGUACCACUCAUUUGAGCAAAAGGUACAACUCCUUUUCUGCAUUUGGGAAAACACCUCCACGCCGUCAACCACCUUCCCUGACCGGAAUAUCGUCAAACAGUCAAAGCCACACUCUCUCUCUCUCUCUCUACAUUCUCUCUCUACACUUGGCACCACAAGAUGCUUCGGAACCUCCGCGCACGGCGGCGACCCCGCUACGGCCCCCACGUCUGUGCCCUGAUCGCCGCCCUCCUCCUCCUCCUCUCCGUCUCUCUCCUCCACAGCCGCCUCGGAUCCGAUCGAGACUCUCUUCCCCACUCUCGUCUCCACUCUUCCAACGAGAUCGUUUCUGAUCCCUUGCUCGACGACACCGAUCCCGAUCUCUCCUAUUCCACCACCAAGGUCUCCGAGGAUCGCAUCGACGAGAUCGACGACGUCCAGGACGACUUCUCCGAUAAGUCUAGGGCUUCCGACGAGGAAGAGAUUCUCGGUGCCAUCGAUUCUGAGGACGAAGAAGCCGAUCAGCCUAGGGUUUCUGGCUACUACUUUGAUCACGUCAAAGGCGUUAUUCGAAGAGCUUUUGAUAAGCGUUCGAUUGAUGAGUGGGAGGAUUACGAGAGCUUCGAUGCGAAUGUGGGGUCUGAGGAUCCGAGUAAGGUUGCGAUUGGUUCGGACGAUGUGCCUGUGGAUGAAAAUGUGAGGAGGAAGGUGGUUGAGGUGGAGGGGAUUGAGGAUGCGCUUUUGUUGAAGACUGGGUCUAGGGUUUCGCCUUUGAGGGAAGGUUGGGGGCCUUGGUUUGAUGCCAAGAGUGAUUUCUUGAGGAGGGAUAGGAUGUUCAAGUCCAAUUUGGAAAUUUUGAAUCCUCUAAACAAUCCGCUUUUGCAAGACCCUGAUGGGGUUGGAGUGACUGGGCUCACGAGAGGUGACAAGCUCGUGCAGAAGGGUUUGUUGAAUGAAUUCAAGAAAGUGCCAUUUCUUUUCAAAAAACCAUUAGCAAUCAAAGAAGGUUCGGCCCACGAUUUGAAAUUGAAAUCGGAAGUGGUAGCAAAUGGUGGAGAGGAUAUGAUCAAGAAGAGUAUUAGUGGUAGUGUUGAGGAAGAAAGGGGUGGAAUGAAGAGGGUGGAGAGACGAACUUUAGAUGACAAUGCUAGAAAUCUUUCCUAUUUGGGAAUUGGCGAUUCUAGUAAAAUUUUGAGUAAAACUACUACUGUUAAUUUAUCCUUGAGUAAUAGGAGUGAGGGAAUUCAACAGAAAACUGCAGAAAGUAUUGACAUGGUGGUUGAUUCGUCUACUAGUAAUUCAGUUCAAUCAGGUGGCUUUAAAAAUGUGCAAGGUAAUACUGGGAUUAAAUCCGAGGUGUCUGGUGAAGUAUAUGCUAAUGGCAAAAGAUGGGGUUACUUUCCUGGUCUGCAUCCUCGGUUAUCUUUUUCAAACUUCAUGGAAGCAUUCUUCAGGAAAGGGAAGUGUUCCAUGAGGGUUUUUAUGGUGUGGAACUCACCGCCAUGGAUGAUCAGCGUUAGGCUCCAACGAGGCCUAGAAAGUCUUCUCUCCUAUCACCAGGGCGCCUGUGUGGUGGUGUUUUCUGAGACAAUUGAGCUUAAUUUCUUCGAAGGAUUUGUGAAGGAUGGUUUCAAGGUAGCUGUUGCCAUGCCAAAUCUUGAUGAACUGUUGAAGGACACACCCACCCAUGUAUUUGCUUCCGUCUGGUUUGAAUGGAGAAAGACAAAUUUCUAUUCUACUCACUACAGUGAACUUGUGCGGCUUGCUGCUCUCAACAAAAGGAACCCCACCUCCGGGGUCCUUCUCGACGGACUUGGUGCAGGUACAACUGGGAAGACGAGGUUCAAUCAUCCUGUGGAGCAUCCGGACCCUGUCCGACCCAUUCCUCAUCUGACAAAACUGUAUUAUCAGAGUGUCGAUCCUUCGGGCAGAGGUGUUGACCCUUCAGACAGAAAAGCAAAGAAUGCAACAGGCAAGGUGUCUACCCUUUCCAAACUAAACUUCCAGAUUCAGCAACAUACAAGGGUCGACCCUUCUAGACUGGUGUCGACCCUUAAGGCCAACAACAAAAGGCAAGUGUCGACACCACCAAGAUUGGUGUCGACCCCUGAACAAGAUUUUAAAGUUCCCUAACAAUUUUUCAACGUAAACAAGUGUGAACGAACAAUCCCAAUAAGUUUAAAUCAAUUUGUACUCCUCCAAAACCAAGAUACAACAACACUAAAGAUUUCCAAAAUAAAAUAAAGGGUUCAAAUACACUUCCCAAAAGUUUUAAAAGCGUACAAGUGCUACAAAGCGUAUGUGGGAUUCGAUUAUUGAGAGAUUUAAGAAUUGGCUGGUUGGGUGGAACAGAGUAUCUUUCUAAGGGAGGUAUGCUUACACUGAUCAAGAGCACUCUUUCUAGUUUACUCACGUACUUUAUGUUUUUAUUUGCCAUUCCUACUUCAGUUGCUAAGAGGUUGGAGAAGUUACAGGGGACUUCCUGUAGGGUCGUUUUGAGUGAUGGAUUUAAUUACCAUUGCACGGUUUUUACUCCCAUCCGAGAGGGCGGGUUGGGGAUUUGAUGCCUUAGAUUCUUCAGUCAAGACUUUUUGGGGAAGUGGUUGUGGAGGCUUGUGGUUGAGCAGGACUAAUGUAUAUUGAACUUUUAGCUCAUACAUCUUAGACACCCUUUUCCCAAUUCAUUUACUGAUUGAGUAUUUUUCCUCAUUUUAUUCGCCCCAUUUUAAAGGAACAGUCAUGGUGUUAGCCAUUGGUGUAACAGAUUGAUUAGAAAAAUGAGAAUUAUAUGACAAAAGGCAGUUAUACAUCCUGCAGACUCUACUAAAGCAUGCAUAUGCUAUCAUUAUGGAAAUUUAUAGUUCUCUAUUUUCCAAUCACUGAACAAUUGAUAAAUCUUAUUGUUAUUCUUUGGUGUUUUUAUUGAUAUUGACAUAAAACACUGAUGGCUCUAGUUUUGCAUUGCAUCU